AUGGGGCUGGCCAACCAAACGAUGGUGACUCAUUUCAUCCUCCUAGGGAUCCCCAACACCGACGGCCUCCAGACCAUCCUCUUCUUCACCUUCUUAGCCUUCUACCUCUGCACCCUGCUGGGCAACCUGCUCAUCUUCUCAGCCGUCCUCGGUGACCCCCGCCUGCACACCCCCAUGUACUUCUUCCUCUGCAACCUCGCCAUUUUGGACAUUGGCAUCUCUUCCAUCAGCAUCCCGAAAUUACUGGCCAACCUCUGGGCCAACAGUAAAACUAUCUCACUGGGGGGGUGCAUGGCUCAGGUCUUUUUCUGGCAUUUUCUGGGCAGCACCGAAUGCCUGCUCUACACCGUCAUGGCCUACGACCGGUACGUGGCCAUCUGCCACCCGCUGCGCUACCUGCUCAUCAUGAACCGCAGGGUGUGCGCCCUCCUGGCCGCUGGCACCUGGAUCACCAGCUCCUUCCAUGCCACCAUCCUCACCAGCCUGACCUUCACGCUGCCCUACUGUGGGUCCAACGUCAUAGACUAUUUCUUCUGUGACAUCUUCCCUGUGGCCAAGCUGGCCUGUGCGGACACGUAUAUCUUGGAGACCGUGUGUUUUACCAAUAUUGGGAUGGUGCCCAUGACUUGCUUUGUCCUCAUCCUCGCCUCCUACGUCAGGAUCGCCUACUCUGUCCUCAAGAUGAACGCAGGUGAGGGGCGGAGGCGGAGCAAAGCGGCCUCCACUUGUGCCUCCCAUCUGACGGUGGUGACUAUGUUCUUUGGGCCCUGCGCCCUGAUCUACACUCAGCCCCAGCUGAGCGAAGUGCUGGUGACCCCCGUACACAUCUUCGGCAAUGUGGUGACGCCCAUGAUGAACCCGGUCAUCUACACGCUGCGCAACAAGGAGGUCAAGGCGGGUCUGAGAAAACUGAGAGGGGUCAGAUGUUGA